AUGAUAUUGCUAUUUGGAAAGGAUUGUAUAAAGAAUGGUUUAAAAUAUAAAUUGUCUUCAUCUUUUUUGUUUAUUAACAAUGGCAGUAGUAGUAAAUCAUUAAAUUAUCAUAAUAAUUUAUUAAAUCAUCAUAAUAGUUUCUGUACACUCAAUGGUUAUACUAUUAAUAAUAAUAUUUUAAAUAGCGUUGAUUCAUUAUUAAAAAUAAACAACAACAAUAAUAAUAACAAUAUAGAUAGUAGUAGUAAUAGAAAUGUAAAUAAAAAUAAAAAUAAAGGGAAUGAUCAAAGAAAAUAUCCUUUUCAUCCUUAUAUUAUAAGAAUAGCUGCUGAUGAUGAUGCAGAUUUCAGUAAGAAUAAUGAUAAAAGAGAAUAUCCAGAUAUAAAUGAUUCUGCACUUUAUAGAAGACGACACAUUCUAUUAGAAACAGAGAAAGGUUUACAAAGAGAUGUUACACCUGAUCAAAUGGCAUUCAUCUAUCUCUAUGAAUUGAAAAGACAUUCAGAAAAAGGUUUAACAUUCAAUACAGAUUACUUGCGUAAAUUAAAGAAUAUUAGAAAGUUGGAUAUUAAAACUGUUGAAUCUAUUGUAAAUUGUUUGAUAGAUAUUAAAUGUUUUGAUACUAAAGUAAUGGAAGUCUUAAUGAGUUACUAUAUGGAGUUGGAAAAUGGUGGUGGUGGUUUGGACAAAGCAUUACAACUCUGGUAUAGAAUAAGGUCAAAUAUCGAUGUGAAAUUCCAUUCUGUGUAUAUACGUAUUCUUGCAGUGGGCUUACACGCAACAGGUGAUACCCAUAUUUUGAAUAGUUUGAUAAAAGAGUCUAAUCUAGAUAGUGAUAUGAUACAUAGAAUCAAUAUUGUACUACCAACUACUACAUUUUCAACAACAACAACAACAACACAUACAUUAUUAUCAUCAACAACAACAACAAUAAUAGAAGAUACCAAUAUUCAACUGGCACAUUUUAAUCAAUUGCUAUUAUCAUCUAUCAAACGUAAAGACUAUAGCGAUGCACUGUAUAUAUUCGAAUCAAAUAUCAAUGGUAGUUUGAAACCAAAUGAUAUCACAUAUAGACAUAUCAUUAGGAUUCUCAUAGAUGACCGAAGGAAUGACGAUGUCAUUGUAGAUUCAAAAGAUAAAGAUAAACUGGUUGCAUAUUUAGAUGGAAUAUUGGAAUGUGAACAGGUGUUGCCACGGUUCUCUUCAUUCCGUAGAAAGGAGCUGACGUCACUGCUAGAAUAUUAUGCACAGACAAACAACAGCAAUCUUCUAGAAACAUUGAUUAAUGUUUAUGAACAACGUUUUGAAGAGCGUGCUCUGUUGCGUCACUAUCAAAAGUUGGUGGAACUACUCGUUCUGGAUGUGUCCCGCUUCACUGCGUUGGUAGAUCGGCUGUUGGCGUUGAAGUACUUCAACAUCGAGAUUCUCAACUGUUGCCUGAAGCAUGUUGCGCUUGCCAACGAUCUAGCAGUGUUCAACCACAUCUAUCGACUACUGCCGAGCCUCUAUCUCAGUCCGAACGAUUCGACACAUAUCCUCGUUGCAAAGUACUAUGCAUUGGAAGGUCACCACAGUCAACUCACCGAUUACUUGAUGAACGUCAAUAUGAUGACGCAAGUUGCUCUAAUCCUUCAGCAAAUACAUUUGGUUGACACCAACAAUAUAAAUGACCGACUGAAAUUCUACAACGAUAGAUAUCAAAUACCAAAUAACGUACAGAUGUUGGCACAGUGGAAUAAUUUCGUCGAUCAUUUAUAUUCUGAUACCACCACAACAACCGAGGAAAAACAAUCAAAAUUAAAAACAUAUAUAAAAUCAUUAUCUUUAAAAAAUAAAUAA